AUGGCAGAGAAGGACAAAGACCUGGAGCCACAGCUCAAGGACACCAACCCUCGUGUCCUCACAGCCAUCGAACAGAGAUGGGCUGAAGAACAGCGACAACUCAAAGAGAAGCUGAUUCUCGAGGACAAACAUGAGUGGACCCUGGACGACGUCAGGAGAAUUGGUGGCGUGGACAUCUCGUUCAUCAAAGGGAACGACGUUGACGCGUGCGUCUCCUUGGUCGUGCUGAAUUAUCCAUCGCUGGAGGUGGUAUAUGAGGACUGCCACAUGGUACGCUUGGAACAGCCGUACAUUCCAGGUUUCCUUGCCUUUCGCGAAGUCUCCCAUAUCCAAACCUGCGUGGACAAGCUGCGCACAACGAAACCAGAGCUUCUGCCACAGGUGAUUAUGGUGGACGGGAAUGGCAUUCUGCACCCGCGCGGCCUGGGUCUCGCCUCCCACCUCGGCAUCACCGUUGAUAUCCCAACAAUUGGGCUGGGAAAGAAGCUGUUUAUGGUUGAUGGUCUGGACACAAAGGAGGUGCAGGCUAAAAGCCACGCUGAACUGAAGAAGGGCGGCGACUGGCUCCCACUUGUCGGUAUCUCCGGCCAAACAUGGGGUGCCGCCCUGAGGAGCACAGACACGAAUAUCAACCCGAUUUACGUCUCUGUUGGCCAUCGCAUCAGUCUCGACACGGCGGCUGCACUCGUGGGGCGAUGCUGCCAGUAUCGCGUGCCUGAGCCGGUGCGGCAGGCCGACCAGCGCUCGCGCACCUUCCUCCGCACCCUGCAACAACAACAACAACAACAACAACAACAACAACAACAACAACAACAACAACAACAACAACAACAACAACAACAACAACAAGGGCGAGAGCGAGCGUGA